GCAAAGUCCCGAACAUUUGUGUUUAUUUUUCACAUGUAUUAAUAAAAAAUUUUCUUGGCAAAUUUCGCUAACGGGCCGUGAAGAAAAGCACGUGAUUUUUUUUAUUUUAAAUACUAACAUACAGAGCAUAAAUAAUAUUAUGUUAGCAGACAUGCAAUCCGAAAUAGAUUCACUGAGGCAACGUAUUACCGAGUUCGAUACCAGAAAUGCGGAGCUUAUAAGGCAGAUGAUGGAAGAGAGUAACAGACAUGAUGCUAGAAUUGAGAAGUUAGAGCAGUAUCUCGAUGAGCUUGAAAAAGAAUCAGAAUCUAAGAAAAAUGCAUCCAGAUAGCCAAGAAAAUUCUUCAUGAAGAGCCGAUAAUUGAUUAUCGUCCUUCUUUCUUGAAUGGAUUAGAGCUUG